UAUAAUAUCAUUUCAUAAACAUAUAGUUAGGUAGGUAUCCUUAAAGUUAUACCCAUACUAAAUUAUAUGAUUACCUGUAGGUAUAAUUUCAAUUUCUAACUUACUAGAUAGGUACCUACCUAAGUAUUUUGUUCCUGGGUCAAAGUAAAAUAUAAUUCGUGUUCAGUAGGUAUAAGAAAGUAAAUUUAAGUAUAUAAGCUCCCACCAUCCAUUAUAAUCAACCUUUAUAAUUAUAGCUAUUGAGUAGGUAUACCCACAAUUUAUAAAACAAUAUAUAAUUGGCUCGACAAACGAAAAAAACUUCGGACGCGUAUCCAUGACACGAAGACACCUAUUCUAUAUGUACCUAUACAUAUUCACUCAUUCAAUCUAACCAAACAAUUAUUUGUUCAUGCCUGGUUUUCAACCAUCCAAUAGUUCUCAUCUUGUUGCCGAGACCGUCACCGUCUGGAUUUUCACUAACUAAUCGUCGUCUUUUAAUACUAUUGUAUCCAUACAAAAAAUCAAAAUUGUUGUAAUAAAACGUUUACGGACCAAAUGUCAACGGAAAACGAAGAUCUGGUGGCAACCACUGCGUCUGAAGCUUCUCCUGAGGAUACGUCACCCAAACAAUCAUCGCCGACCGUCGACUUAGGAGAAAAGAAACCUUUGGCGGUCGAACCGCUGACCGUUUUCUCGGACGAAUCGUACGCGUGCGACCGGCAAUACGCGAUUGUGCUCGCGCAACUUGUGUCGGUCAAAGAACGGCUCAAAGUUUACACGUGGAUCGAAAGGAUGGACACGAUGAAGGACAGCGACGAUAUGCGUGAAGAACGUGACCUAUAUUUGAAAUUUUUAACCGUGUCGCUGAAUAACGGAAAAUUGGUUCCACCGUUUACCAAGGAUCCGCCAGCGGGACUGCGCCCGCUCAGUACCAUCGUGCCAAGGUCCGUUUACAAUUUUAUCUUCAAAGGAAAAUACAUCAAUGCCGAUUGCACCUUCCGUACCAAGGAGAUCGUGGAUCACAAGUACAGUCCACCCUCCGAGGUUGAGCCUAGCCAGUUUUUUGCUCGACAGCCAGUGCCGCACAACGGUGACGUCGUGUACGCCGCCGCGUUUAGCACCAAAAAAUGAAACGAAAUGAAAACACAAACUUAAUCAUAUUCUAGUUGUGUGUCUUUUAAUAAUAUCGUGGACAAAAUAGACUUGUUUCGUUAUGAUAUA